AACCCAAUUACUUGUCCCCUCGCAUUCAUUUCUCUAAAAACGUUCACGCGCCAAGGAUAACGAAUGGUGGUAAAUUGAGCUCGACACAAUGAAUCGCCCUACAUUAACGCCUUUUUUGCUUGUAGCGAUUUUGUGCAUAGGAGGAAUCUCCGAUUGUACAGCUGUGGAUCAAGGCCUCCGUUUGCAGAGUUAUUCCGCAGACUACGUAGAGGGAUGUUACGUCCACAAUAAAACCUUGGGCGUCUGCUUCGAUAUUCGUGAAGGAUUCAUGAAAUUGUUAAAGGCCAAUGGCGAUGAGAUGGUUCUUUACAUGGACCUUGGACCUGAAAUGUUUUACUACAACAUUAUGGGUCAGGGUUUCAUUGGACAUGGUCCUUCAUCUGUUUAUGUCCCUGCCAACAUUCCCGCAAGUCCAGAAGCGCUGAGGGAGUUUUUGAGACGCAGUUCUCAGAAUGAUAAGGAACAAGAGGACCUCAUGAAGAAUCAUUACCUGGAAGCCAUAGGUGAGCUCCAGCAUGUCCCAGAAACUCACUUACUGGAGCAGCUGUCUGCGGCCCUGGGCGAUAACUCAACUCGUUUAGAAAUUCUCCAGCCUUUUCAUUCCUUGUGCUUCAACUUACUGAAAACUUCUGGUGUACAGAUCGCACCCGAGCUACGAGCUGCACAUGACAUGGAGGAAGAUUACGCUGAUUAUGGUCAAGACAGGCAGAAGCGCGGUUGCGUGAGGCCAACGGCGAAUAAAUGCCGCGGACUUUGCGGUAAAGGAUGUUGGUGCUGGAAGUGGUUUUGUGGAGAUUGCUGUUGGCAUCGGGGCUGUUAUGAGCAUGACCUGUGUUGCAAGAGGAAACCGUACAGUUCUUACUGUUUGGUGCCAAUUGGUUUAAAGUGUUCUGGUUUCAGUUCUUAUAAAAAAUGCAUGAAAAAAGGAUCAUGGUUGGGAAAAUAAUGCGCGAGAUGAUGAUAUUAUACUCCGGCAAAACAAGAAAACGAGGGGUUCUGACUUUACCUGUCAGUUGUAGUAGUUUCAUUUAGUUUCACACAUCUCAAUGCAAUUAUAUUUUCUCUCCAGUGGUUCUAAAUACGCUUUAUUCUGUUAUAAGUACUGUCUCAUUUACUGGUUGCAAAGAUGUCAUCAUGGGAAAUAAAGAAACUUGUUGGUUUA